CUCAUUUAAUAAUUCUGUCCUACACAAUUUGGGCCCACAAUCUGCACCCAUGGGCCUAGCCAACGAACAUCCGGCCCAAACCCGAGCCCGAUCCACAACCGGUGCCCUGAGUGUCCCCGACCGGCGACAGGUUGUCACUACUAUAUUCCAAGUCCCACCCAACCCAGGAGGAAACUGCUUACCAGACCGGAAAGAAAGCGGCGAAACGAUGGCAUCCAAUUCCGCCGCAGCCGCAGCUGCAGCUGCCCGAAGGAGAAAAAUCGUCGAGCGUGGCGCCGACCGAUUAGCUCUCAUCACCGGCCGGCUCUCCUCUCUUCCUCCCGAAUCCACCAUCGACGCUAACCUUAAGCCUUCUGCCGACUCAUCUCCCCAGUCGACUUCCGAUCACCAACUUCCUAGCCCGCAUCUCCUUCCCCGUGGAAUCGCCGCCGGUGAACCAGUAUCCCAGCCGCCGAAUCCUCCUUCGAACCAAAUCGAACAGCCGAUGCUCCAGAAAACAAAUGAUUCCGUUAGCGGUAAGGAAGAAACCUUCGGUAGGGAACUACCGGAACAAGCUACCGCCGCCGUUGAUUCGGCCAGAGGCCACGCCGGCAGCGUUUUAGACCGUCCCGUUUCGGAUGAAAUUAGCGGCCGAUCGGAUAUGAAUCCGACGGCCAUGGGAGCCGCUUCCGGCACAGAGCAACUUCUCCUCCGUGGAAGCACUCGUCAGAGAAGAGUUUCGAUGAGUCCAAGUCAGAUAAGUUCCGGCAUCACAGCAUCAGAAAGAACCAGAGUUCUCUGCUCAGUAGCUGUCGCCAUUUUAGUAGUCUCGUCAUCUCUAGGGUUCCCUCUCCUUGGGAACGAGAUAGUGAAGGGAAUUCUGAGCUUCAGGCCGCUUUACCUGCUGCUUGUAACCAACGUGACAAUCGUGAUCGCAGCUAUCCUUUCGAACAACGACCGGAGAGGUUCUGCAAUGGUGGAUGAUGGGGCAGCAGGACUCGAAUUGCCAUCCGGCGGCAGCAACAGCUACGAUUGGGCUGCACAAGCAAGCAAGGCAUUAGAGAUAAGUUUCGUGGCGAAGAAAGCAAUCGAAGCCUUACUGAUGGAUGUCAGCGUUUAUGCAAUCAUUGUUGUUUGUGCUUUCUGCCUUCUCCGAUGAUAACACAACCACGACGAAUCCCAUCUGUGUUGUUCUUUCAAUAAUGUAGCACGAACAAUUUUCCUGUGUUUCGAUUGUAAUGG